UCGAUGCACAAAAUUUACUUCGAUUAAUUAUUUAAAUACUAUUUUCAGUGUAAAAAGUAAUUAUAACCAGCUUUAUGGGAGAAUUAAUAUCUAAAAAUAACAAAGUUUUGGCCCAUUCAGUUACGAACACUCCGUAAAAUUAGUUUUAUCAGUUUGGUUUUUCACUGCUGUUAUUUUACCCAAAUCCCUCAAUUUCUUCGUCACCUUAAUCGUCUAACCGGCCGUCGAAUCUCACCGUCUCCGACGAUCGUCGCCGAACAUUUUGUACAGGAUCGGUGUGUCUGCAUUUCGGGAGUCCUUUCCGAAUUUCCACAGGAUCAGUCCGCAUUGCCUGCCUGCCUCGUUCCCGAUUUUGAUGGUUUCUUUCACCACCGUGGCCGUCCGGCUUGCUGUAUUUGUCCGAUGAGCGGUUCCUUCUCUCGUUACAAUGGCGUGCAUGAAGCUGGGAUCGAAAUCUGAGGCCUUCCACCGGGAUGGCCAUAACUGGUUUUGCUCAUCUGGGCUGCAAAGUGAUUGCAUAGUUGAAGUCGGAGAAUCGUCGUUCCAUCUCCACAAGUUCCCAUUGCUCACCAGAAGCAAGCUGUUGGAAGAUCUCAUAGCAGAACAAUCUACCGACAACGGAACCACUUGCAUCCUUCAGCUCGACGAUCUCCCUGGUGGAACAAACAGCUUCGUGCUGGUGGCCAAGUUCUGCUAUGGUGUCCGAAUUGAGCUUGAUGCACUCAACAUAGUCCGUCUCCGAUGUGCAGCAGAGUACCUUGGCAUGACCGAAGAAUAUGGCGAAGGAAACCUCAUAUCGCAGACAGAAAAUUUCCUGAAAGAGGUAUUCAGCCACUGGACAGACUCUCUUCAGGCUCUAGAAACUUGUGAAGAAGUUCUUCCACUAGCAGAAGAGAUCCACAUUGUCUCGAGAUGCAUCCACUCGUUAGCAAUGAAAGCUUGUGCUGACCCAAGUUUGUUCAGCUGGCCAAUGUCAGCACGCAGCAGAGAUGCUCCUCAGAGCCCUGAGGAAGGAAAUGUGUUCUGGAAUGGGAUUUGGACUUCAGGGAAGUCAAAUUCAGCAGGUGAUGAUUGGUGGUACGAGGAUGUUUCGUUCCUUACACUACCACUAUACAAGAGGUUGAUUCAGGCGGUGGUCUCGAAUGGUAUGAAACCCGAGAAGGUGGCCGGCGCCCUAAUGUGUUAUGCUAGAAGGUACUUGCCUUUGCUUGGACGACAGUCGAGCUUCCAGAAUGUGAAGCAGGAUGCACUUGGUUCGACAAUUAAGACGACUCCACAGGCGGAUCAAAGGAAUCUGCUUGAAGAGAUUGUGGAGCUUUUGCCUGAUCAGAAGGGCAUUGCUCCAACUAAGUUUCUACUCAGGCUUUUAAGGACCGCGAUUCUGCUCCAUGCUGGGCCAUCAUGCAGAGAGAAUUUGGAGAAGAGGAUUGGAGCCCAGUUGGACCAAGCGGUUUUGGAAGAUCUUCUGAUACCGAAUGUGGGUUACUCGAGUGAGACUCUGUAUGAUAUUGAUUGCGUCCAGAGGAUGCUUGAUCAUUUCAUGAUGGUGGACCGCGAUGAUCCUCCGACAACAAAUUUCAUGUUGGAUGAGGGUCAGCUUCUUGGUGGUGAUGGUGGUGGGUCGCAGUCAUUUGCUCCAGUAACAUUGGUUGCAAACCUUAUUGAUAAUUUUCUUGCGGAGGUUGCUCCUGAUGUCAACUUCAGGCUAGCCAAGUUCCAGUCGCUGGCUGCAUUGAUUCCUGAUUAUGCCAGGCGAAUCGACGAUGGAAUCUAUCGUGCGAUUGAUAUCUACCUUAAGGCUCAUCCAUGGCUGACUGAUUCCGAGAGAGAGCUUCUCUGCAGGCUAAUGAACUGCCAGAAGCUCUCCCUCGAAGCAAGCACUCACGCAGCACAGAACGAGAGGCUCCCACUUCGCGUCAUUGUCCAAGUAUUAUUCUUCGAACAGCUCAGGCUACGGACCUCAGUGGCUGGGUGGUUUUACGUUUCUGACAACCUCGAGAACUCGCAGAACCUGGCAUUGACGAGGAACGACGACGGGAUACAAGAACACGGGGAAGAAGUCGAUGUGAGGGAGAGAAUCGUGGAGCUGGAAAAGGAAUGCAUGAGCAUGAAGCAAGAGAUCGAGAAGCUGAUGAAGAACAAAGGGAGCUGGAACAUGUUUCUGAGGAAGUUGGGGUUUGGCAAAACGAAGAAGGCAAAUGGCGCUCAAAAACCCAGAAACGUUAAGGAAUCUUCGGCCAUGGAGGAUUCCACAACGCCAUUGAUGGACGGUGGUGGAGUUGUGGAUGAUGGUGAUAGAAACAAUGGGAAGUCAGGGAGGUUGGAUUGAUUUUGAAGAUAUAAUGAGAAAAUGGUGAUUGAUUCUGUUUUCUCAUUCUUUUUGUUGGGAUGAAAUAAUAGUGUGAUUCAUUUUGUGUCACUACUCUUUUUUUACAUUUGUUACCAUAAAUGAUCUAACUGGAGGAGUGUUUUCCACUUUUGCUAGAUUGGGUUUAAACUAAUGGUGUAAAUUAUGAAGGUCUAGGGAAUGAUGGUGGUACUAGUAAGUAUAGGUGUCAAAACAUAGCCCGACCCGAUUAACCCGCCCGAUCAACCCGACUCGCAACCCAACUAACCCGCAACCCGACUAACCCGCAACCCGAUUAACCCAAACUCGAUUGACCCGCAACCCGACUGACCCGCAACCCGAUUAAACCGAACCCGAUUGACUCGAACCCAACUAACCCGUAACCCGACCAACUCAACCCGAAUAUCAUCUAAUUCACUUAAAUAAUUAUAAAAAUAUACAAUACAUAGUUUUUCAAAAUAAAGUUUUUCAUUCUAAACUUAAGUAAAAUUAUUUUUUCAUUUCGUAUAAGAAAUUUUAAAAAUAUGAAACUCACUUGAUAUUACGUAUUUUAAGAAAAUUACAAAAAUUGAAACAUGAAGGUCACUUGAGAUCAUGACAAUAUUAAUAUAAUAUAUAAAUUAAAAUUUUGGUUAAUUUUACUAUUCAAUAAAAUUAUCAAUUAAAUAUAAAUAAAGUAAAGUAAUGUAUUUGGUAAUUUGAUGUUUUUAAAAGAAGAGGGAAAUUUUGGUGUAUUCAAAUUUUCGGGAAGAGAAAGAAGAGAGAAAUUUGGUUUUUUGAAUUUUUUAGAAAAGAAACAAGUUAGAAUUUUGGUGGUUUUGAUAUGUGGGAAGAGAAAGAAGUGGGAAAGUUUGAUUUUUUUUAUUAUGAAAGAGAAAUAAGGAGGGAAACUUUUGACUUUUCAACUUUUUGUAGAAGGAAAGAAGAGGGUAAUUUGGUUCUUUCAAUUUUAUGGAAGAGAAAGAGGAGGGAAAAUUGAGUUUUUCUAAUGUAUGGAAGGAGAAAGAAGAAGGGAAAUUUUAGUAUUUUUGUGAAAAGAAAUAAUGAAACAAAUUUGGUGUUUUCAAUUUUUUGGUUUUUCAUAAUUUUAGCUUUUGAAAUAUGAAUCUUUAACUUUUAUAUGGAGGGCAUGACUAGUUAAAAUUAUUCUUAUAUGCUUUGAAGGCUAAUAAAUAAAUUAACCAUUAGUUACAACAAUUUAUACUAAACUUGAUAAGUAAUCUUUGACGGUUCGUUCUUUAGGAUAUAAAGUAUAUGGUUAGGGUAUAAGGUAUAAGGUACAUAUGGUUUAGGGUGUAUAUGGUUAGAGUAUAAGAUAUUGAUGGUUUUGACGGUUCUAAGUUUUUUAUUAACAUAUGGUUACUUGAAGUCUUUAACGGCAGGAGAUCCCUUUUUAAUUUAUGUUUAUGGUACGUGGUUAGGGUACAAGGUAUGUGGUGUAAAGUAUAGGAUAUAUGGUUAGGGUAUAACAAUUAGCAAAUAUCACUUUUUAUCUAUGUUUUGAAAAUCAAAGUAUGAAUUUCACUUUUAAAUUAACUAUACUAGCAAAAUCACAACUCAAGGACAUAUGAUUAGGGUAUAGGUUAUGUGGUUAGUGUAUAAUGUAUUGAUGGUUUAGGGUAUACAAUCAACAACAUAUACUAACUUAAUAUUGUUGAUUGAGGGUAAAGCUAAGUGUAUAGGAUAUAUGCUAUUGAGUAAGUUAUGAUUGAAGUCACAAUAAUUUUACUAAAUUUGAUAGCUAAUCUUUAAUGGUUCAAUUUUUAGGAUAAUUCGAACAAUUUUACAAAUAACUCGUUUGGCAACAGUUUACUAAAGUUAUUUGGGCAAUGAGUUAUUUUGAAAUAACUCCUUUUAUCACUAUGCUUUUGCCAAAUACCACACGCCAAAUACCAAAUUUGCAUGGUUAUACUAAACGAGAUACUUUAAUCCAAUUACUACUGAAUUAAUACUAAAAUAUCAAAUAAACAAUUAACGGUGUC